AUGUCCAGGUUUCAGGAUCUUGAAGAUUUCUUCAGCCGGCGGCUGCUCGCUGCUGUUAACGGAGACCUCUCAGGACGAUCAGCAACAUCUGUGUAUGAAGAGGAGCUCCAACGGCAACGAAAACUGCUGAGUGUGAUUUUAAUGCCUGAAAUCAAACUGAAGAGAGCAGGUUAGUUCACCUUCUUCUUCUUCUAAAACGGGACUGAUACUGAAAAAGAGAGAGAACUUGAGGUCAACAGAUGAAAUUCAAACACGAUUAUAACAGAGGAGUGAUACAACUCACGUUUCCUGCGUACACUCGUUUUUCAAAAUAAAAGCAAAAGUUAAAAAACAAGAAAACGAAAUUUCUUUAAAAGUCUGUUUCCGUAACAUUUUUCUUUAAAAGCAGAGAGACUCGUGUUCCCAGUUUUUUUGUUCAACUACAAAAUGGAAAAAACGUCAAAGUUUCUCCCUUUAUUCCAUCUCCGACCGUAGACAUUACAUACAUAGAUGCCUCAUUACGUGCUGGAGACUGUAUCUAGAAUAGACGCCGUCUGCCUCCUCCUCUCUGUGAGAACAGCGCCCUCUGGUGACGGGCUGCAGUAUAGGUCAUAAACCCCGCCUCCUUAUGGAGCUGUGGACAAACUUUAUAAAUGAAUGACACAGAAUAUAAAUGUUUCUCCCCCCUGGUUGUGAUGUUGACAUGCAGUUACUUAAAAGUUAUUAGGGGGUUCAUGUUUUCUAUGAUUGACACCUGAUACAGCCAAUGGGAGGACAGAGAUUGAGUAGAUCACUGGGGGAUACGCUGUUUGAGCCGAGCGUCAUCGCAGCGACUCUCGGCGACUGCGCAGCCGAAUGCGCGCAUCGCUACUGCGCAGCUCUGGUUUCAGGAAAUGAAGAAAAAUCGUGGAAAUAUCGAGAGCUUUUUGGCUUCAAAUCCGUAAACAGGCAGGGGGGGCAGAACGAAGUCGUCCAGAGUAAAGACAGUCUAUGGUCUCCCCACUCCAGGUUCACUCAAGAGCCGAAUGGGGUCAGAGGAGAACGAGCAACCAUGCCUGUAUUUUUGCACUCUAUGGUUGAAAAACCCGACACAGUAUUGAAACCAGAUCAUGUAGGAUUACAUUUCACAAAUAGGAUUGAAAAAUAUUUGGGUUUAUUUUUAAUGUGUGACAUUGUCCUGUAUUAUUGCUACAUCCCUGCUGUUGUUACAAACCAAACAGUGAAAAUCAGGCAGAGAUUCGGAGAGUUAUUGUUAGUAUGGUUGGGCAUCCCUACCUACCUUAAUGCACUGGCGGCACAUGGGGGACCUAUCCAAGAUGGCGGCUGCACUGAUACGUGAGCUCCAACAGGCAGCGUCAGGCUUUUAGGCGUCUACAUUUAUUAUGUCUAUGUCUGUGUCCGAAAUGAAUCACUCAACCCCUGACCCCUGACCCCCAUAUGGAGUUUCACUAUAUAUCUGACUAUGUAGUGAACUCAAUCACCGGAGGUAUCCGACACUACAUGGCAUGACGGGAUGCCCACCAUCGGUUAGUGACCAUCGGAUGGUCACUACUUUUUGCAAUGCUUUAUGGGAAAUUUUGAGUCGCCUAUAUGGGGCACUGGAAUUGAUCACUCAGGUUUGGGACACCCCUCAAAAUGGCGCUAACCCCUAUAUAGUCGCCUCUAUAGGGGUGAGGGAGCCAUUUCGGACACAGCCUAAGUCUCCGACUGCUCAAGAGGACUUGAGCACAAACCAGUCUGACAGUAACUACACGUCAACAUCACAACCAGGGGGGAGAAACAUUUAUAUUCUGUGUAAUAAAUUUUCCCACAGCUCCAUAGGGAUGGCUGGAGGAGGUGGGAUUUAUGACCUAUAUUGCAGCCCGUCACCAGAGGGUGCUGUUCUCGAAGUGGCUUCACCCAGCAAGGAGGCAGACGGCGUCCGUUCUAUAUACAGUCUAUGGCCAAAACCAAAUAUAGAAUAUGAUUGAAGCAAACCUCUUAAUCACAAAAAUGCAGUAGCACCUUCUCCUUGGAAAUAAAACAAAGAAUAAAUUACAACAUAGAUGCCAAGCUGGUCUUGAUGUGUCUUUCUGUACUUUGGUGUUUCCUGCAGAUGUCCAGCAGCUGUCAGUGAUUAAAGAGGAACCUCUUGAGCUCCAGGAGUGGAGCCCUGAUCUAAACCAAAAGGACACCAAGCACAUGCACAUUAAGGAGGAGGAACUCUGGAGCAGUCAGGAGGGAGAGCAGCUUCAAGGGUUUGAGGAGGCUGAGGCCACCAUGUUCCCAUUCACUGUUGUCAUUGUGAAGAGUGAAGAGGAUGAAGAAAAACCUCAGCCUCCACAGCUUCACCCAAAACCAAUUCAAAAGAUGGAAACAGGAGAUGAUGGAGAAAUCUGUGGAGUUUCAGAACCAGCUGGAAACUCAAAUCCUGUGAGUGAUAACAGGUCAGAAGACUCCUCUGAGACUGAGGAUGAUGAUGAUUGGAAGGAGACCAGUGAGGAUCAGUCAGGAUUAAACUCUGGGAAAUUAAUGAAAAGAAGAGGACAGAAAACUGUCAAGAAAUCUCACAGCUGCUCGGAGUGCGGUAAAAGAUUUAACGCUCCAGGGGCUCUCAUCAGACACAUGUUGGUUCACACAGGGGAGAAACCUUUCAGCUGCUCUGAGUGCGGUCAAAGAUUCAACUGUCAAGGGACUCUGAUCAGACACAUGUUAAUUCACACAGGAGAGAAACCUUUCAGCUGCUUUGACUGCGGUAAAACAUUUUCACAAAAACAGAAUAUGAUCAGACACAGAGCAGUUCAUACAGGGGAGAAACCCUUCAGCUGCUCUGAGUGUGGUAAAAGAUUCACACAAAAAAAAGAUCUGAUCAAACACAUGUCAGCCCACACAGGAGAAAAUGUUUUCAGCUGCUCUGAGUGCGGAAAAAGGUUUUAUGAUAAAAGAUCUCUGGCCCAACACAUGUUAGUUCACACAGGAGAGAGACCUUACAGCUGCUCUGAGUGUGGUAAAAGAUUUUCACUGAAACAGAAUAUGAUCAGACACAAAGUAAUUCAUUCAGGAGAGAAACGCUUUGGGUGUUCUAAAUGUGAUAAAAGAUUUACACAAAAACAAGUUCUGGUCGGACACAUGUUAGUUCACACAGGAGAGAAACCGUUCAGCUGCUCUGAGUGUGGUAAAAGGUUUUACCGCAAAACACACAUGACUUCACACAUGUUAACUCACAGUAAAGAGAAACCUUUCAGCUGCUCUGAGUGUGGUAAAAAAUUUAGCCAUAAAUAUAACCUGACAGUUCACAUGGUAUGUCACAGGGCAGAAACCUUUCAGCUGCUCUGA